AGAGUCCCACGCGGUGCUGGGUAGACAAUGUCAUGGAGGCGCCUGUUAGCAUUGUGGAAGAGUUUGAGAGGAGAUUGCGAGAGUGUCUGUCUCCGUUUGGUUUCGAAGUUCAACCCUUUCAGGUCGGCUGGUACAAUGCUGUCCUCCAGCCCUCCCUCCACCUGUCUCACCCCGAGAACACGCUGGCCAUGCUGGUCCUCAGCGCUCCGCAGAUGUUCGAGAAGGCUUUCAAACCCUUCCUGAAGAACCAGGAGUUCAAAAACAUCCGGGACCCCAUCGACGAGUGUGUGGCGCACUAUGUGAACAGGGCCGUGUCCCAGAGUUUCCCUGCACAGGAGGUGGAGGUGAGCUACGACUAUGAGAUGCUACCCAGCCGCCGGCCCCGCUUCCUGGCCCAGACGGCAGCUCACGUGGCAGGAGCAGCGUAUUAUUACCAGAGGAAAGAUGUCACUGAAGACCCGUGGGGAGACAAGAAGAUGUACGGUGUGUGCAUGCACCCUCGUUACGGAGGCUGGUUUGCGAUCCGCGCUUUGCUGGUUUUCCCUGGGGUGGUGGCCGAGGGGCUGGUGCAGAGGGACCCCCCGGACUGCGUCCCCUCACAGGAGCUGAGGAUCGAGCUGCUGGAGAGAUUCAACCUGCGCUGGCAGGACUGGAGCUACCGGGACAUUGUGCCAGUGGAGGUGCGCUACUCAGAGGAACAGAAGACGUAUUUCAGCACCCCUCCGGCUGACAGGCUCAAACUGCUGCAUGAGAGUGGAGACCUCCAGAUUUUCCCCUCAUAUUGAGACAGGCAUUUAGAUACCUUAGCCUGUCUCACUGGCCUCCCACUGCCACAUCUUGCAGUGUGACAUGCUGUAUGCACUCUCCACUAUGACACAGUAAGGGUCCCAUCUCUCCAGUAAAGCCUUCAUACAUUGUAGUCCGUAGGCUCUUCUGGUACAGGGCUUUGCGGUGUACGCUGACUUAAUGAAUCGGUCAUGUAAGGGGGCAUUGUGUUGCCACUCUAACUGGGUCAGUGGGACCAAGCUGAUUAAUACCUUUUUUUUUUUCCUGCCCUUGUAGGAUUAAUUUUUGAGAGUGUAGAAUAUAGAAUGCUGCGUUGAAUCUGCUCUGCAUCUAUUGCCACUGUGUGCUGUCUGGUAUCAUGCACAGCUACUCGAUUGGUGUUUCCAGAUGCAUCAGUGCAGUUCAGAUUGCCAGUUUGAUUCACUGAUUUAUACAUAACUUUCUGAAGACACAGUGGAAGACUUGUCAAUGUAGACUUUAGGGCAGAGGUUGUCAAUCUUUCUGUUUAAUGUUCAGCUUGGGGCCCCCAAGGAAAUAACAGACGAUAUUAAUAUGCUGCUACCGCCGUAAUAUUUUUUGCUGUUUAAAACCCUGACAGAACUCUACAAAUAUGCAUUUGUGGGUUUAUUUGAGAUGGGUCAGUUCAGCACUUUGUUAUAAAGAGGCUUUAGGUAUGGCUGUAGAAAAUGAUUAAGUAUAUACAGUGGCCGAGGGGUUUCAUGGUGCAUAACGGAAUGGUACGUAUUUCAAAAUAUAGACAAUAAAACAAAUAAAACAGG